AUGGCCUCAACCUCCCACACAGCCUCAGCAUCGCUUCCUUCAUCGCCUCGUAGUUGGAAGUAUGAUGUGUUUUUGAGUUUUAGGGGUGUCGAUACUCGGAAAGGUAUUACAUUUGAACUAUUUGAUCGUCUGCAGCACAAAAGAGGAAUUAAAACAUUUAUGGAUGACCAAGACCUUCCAGCAGGGGCUGCUAUUUCCCCGACUCUCCUAGCAGCAAUUGAAGAAUCAAGGUUUGCAAUUGUUGUUUUCUGCCGGAACUAUGCUUCUUCUACUUGGUGCUUGGAGGAACUUGUAAAGAUUUGUCAAUGCAUGGAAGACGAAAACAGAAUUCUUCCACUUUUCUAUCAUGUUGAUCCUAGUGACAUUCGAUAUCAGAAAAGGAGUUUCGAAGAAGCUUUCACUAAGCAUGUAAAAUCUAACAGACACGAAUCAAAGAAGGUGCAGGAGUGGAGAGAUGCUUUAGCAAAAGUGGCAAAUUCUUCUGGGUGGCAUACACAGAAUUACAAGACUGAAAGAGAACUUGCCGAUGCCAUUGUGGACUUUGUGUGCAGUAUAGUACAACCGAUUGAAAUCAUCAUGGGAGAUUUUGAAGUAUUCGAAGCAACAAGGGAAGCCAUGGAGAAGGUUAUGAAAGCACUUGAAGAUGACAAGGUCUCAACUGUCGGCGUGUAUGGAAUGGGAGGGGUUGGGAAGACAACCAUGGUAAAACAUGUGGGUGAUCAAGCCCGCAAAAAUGGGAUUUUUCAUUAUGUGAUCAUGGCUGUCAUGUCCCAAAGCCCUGACUUGACAGAAAUUCAGCACACAUUGGCAGAGCUUCUGGGGAUCGAUUUACAAGGGAAGUCACAAAAAGGAAGAGCCUCUAGAUUGAACAAAGAGAUAAUGAGGAAAAACAAAAUCCUUAUAAUCUUGGACGACAUAUGGGAGAGAAUAGAAUUGUCAAGCAUAGGGAUUCCCAGCUACAAGGAACUUCAAAAGUGUAAUUCCAAAGUCCUAGUCACAACAAGGAUACAGAAUGUUUGUCAUGCCAUGGAGUGCCAAGAAAUGAUCACCCUCAAUAUCCUCUCGAAAGAGGAUUCUUGGACCUUAUUUAUGAGAAAUGCUAGAAGCUCUUUUGAAACAACCAUUUUCAGGGAUGUAGCGAGGAAGGUGGCUAGAGAAUGCUGUGGUCUACCAAUUGCAUUGAUAGCAGUUGCAAAGGCCCUUGGAGAUAAAGACCUGCGGGAAUGGAAAAAGGCAGCUCAAAGACUAAACAAGUCGCAAACUGCCAACCUUGACGAUAAGGGAGAUGCAUCCCAAUGUAUAAAGUUAAGCUAUGAUUACUUGAAAGAUGAGGAUUGCAAGACAUGCUUCUUGGUUUGUAGCCUAUUCCCUGAAGACUAUGACAUCCCAAUAGAAGACUUGUUCAGGUAUGCAAUCGGGAAAGGUGUGUUUCGAGAUGCUGACACAAUCGAAGAAGCUAGAGAAACACUACAUAUGGUGGUCACAUACCUUAAGAAUUCAAGCUUGCUUUUAAAUAGUGACAAAGAACUAUGUGUAAAGAUGCAUGAUGUCAUUCGGGAUACGACCAUGAAAAUUGCACUAUCUGAAGACGGUCACGGUACCAGAAGAAUUGGAGGACAUAUUGUCACAAUACCAUCAAAAGUGUUUUCAAAGUUGCAUAGACUUGAAGAACUUUACAUGCAAUGUGGGUUUUGGGACUGGGGGAGUGAAAUUGAAGGAGGAGGAGGAGAAACCAAUGCUGGCUUUGAUGAGUUGACUAGCUUGCCACUUUUAAGAGUUCUGAAAGUUUGGAUCUCCCAUGCAAAUUGUAUCCCUGAAACUGUUAAACUCAUCCCGAAUUGGGUUCAGUUUGAUAUAUGUAUUGGAAGAAACGAUGAGAUUGUAGUCUCUCAGUAUUGUUAUAAUUCAGUGUGCUUGACACUUGACACAACCAUCACCACAUUACCGGAUUGGUUUGUCUUCGUAGUGAUAAACAAAGCAGAGAAGCUAGAGUGGAUAGAGUGCAAAGGGUUGAUUGAUUUUUUUGUGGAAUAUGAGAGUGGGAGGUUAGACAGACUGGAUUUUUGUGUGGAAUAUGAGCAUGAGAGGUUAGACAGACUGAAGUAUCUCUCUAUAACUGGUUGCGAUGAGGACUCAAAAGAGUUGAUGAACACAACUACAUGGGUUCCGAAAGAGCCUGUGUUUGAGAACUUGAAAGACUUGCAUCUCAGUCAAGUAAAUUUCAUGAAAGAGUUAUGUCUUGGUGAUUUACCUCAUGGAUCUCUAUUCAGCCUGAAGUUACUUGAGGUUGACUCUUGUUAUAACUGGGGGAACAUACUUUUACCAUCAAAAUUGUCGCAGAGAGUAUCAAAUCUGGAAACGCUAAUUUGUAAUGGUGUUGAUGGAAUCGAAUAUGUAUUUGGAUGCGAUAGCUUUAGGCUGGAAAAUUCAAAAUUGAGAGACCUGUCAUUGAGGAGUUUAGAUGCAGUAAGAAGCAUAUGUGAUGGUCCUGCUCCACCUGCAAUGUUCCAGACUCUUAAAAUUUUGUCCAUUGAACAAUGCAGCUUUGUGGGAAGUCUUUUCUCCUAUGAGGCAGCUCAAUAUCUUUUUCAAUUGGAAGACCUUUCGGUUGGCAGUUGCCUUUUAUUGGAAAGAAUUAUUGAAGCAAACAAGGAGACAAUGAACACGAGGAAGACCGUUUUUCCAAAAUUGAAGAACUUAGUUUUGAUGAGACUUCCUAUGCUGUACCGUGGAUGUGCUACUAUUGAUUUUGAGUGUCCCUUACUAGAAUGCUUGUAUUUGAAGGACUGCUCCCAGUUUUCAUCUUCAACCUCUGCUUCUGACUUCCACAGUAGGAAAAAUGUCAAGUUCAAUGAUGAGCAACACUACCUGUCUCUAUUGGAGAGGUAA